AUGGCUCGUCCAGCUUCUGUGAGACAAUUUCUAGAAGUUUCGGGAAUAAGUUCGUCUGAAGUGGCUACAUUUUUCCUUGAUCGUAAUAAUGGUAGGCUCGCCGAGUCUAUUAAUGACUUCUUCAGUAAUCCGAGAGUGGUACAAGAGGUUGAAAAGAGAACUAAGAAGAACAGCAAGAAAAGCAUGAAGUCUGUAAGUACAGAACUUAAAGAACUAUUUAACAAGUAUAAGGAGCCACAGCUAGAUUCGACCGGAAAGUCCUAUAUUGGAAUAGACGGUACGAUGAGAUACCUUGAGGAUCUAGGAUACGAGCCUGAAGAUGAAGUUGUGCUAUGCUUGGCGGAUUUCUUAGACUCACAAAAAGUGGGGGACUUUAAAGAGGAGCAAUUUCUUACGAAUUGGAACAAUGUGGGUUGCAAUACCAUUGAACAAAUGCAUAAUUAUAUAGACAUCAACUUAAGACCCAAAUUGCUAGACGAUCCUGAGUAUUUCAGAGCGAUUUAUCAGUAUACCUUCAAGUUCAUUUUGGAGAAAAAUGAAAAAACCCUUCCUUUGGAUAUGGCCCAAGAGUACUGGCAUCUAUUGCUACCCGGAGAGUUUUCCCUUGAAUUGGAAACGUUUAUCAAAUUCUUACAUGAUACAUCAAAAACUGAGAUCACUAGAGACCAAUGGAAUAUGCUUUUACCAUUUCUUCAGGAUUACCAUAAUGAUCCAACUCUUAAUGGUUAUGAUGAGAGUCAGUCGUGGCCGUUGUUGAUGGAUAAAUUUUACGAAUACAUCAAAUCUGAUGAGCACUAA